AAACCCCACAUCUCUUUUUCUUCGUUUUUGGAUUGAUGAAUUCUACUUGUUGGCGAUAAAAAGAAAUCAGCAAAUUACAGUGGGGGAAAAUGAAGCCGUACAUUUUUGUUGCCACUAGUUCUUGCCUAUGGAGUUUCUUUGGUGACUAGCGGUUCUUUCCCUAGUAAUGAAGGUAAUGCCCUUAUGACAUUCAAGGGAGGUAUGUCUGAAGACCCAAGUCUGGUUUUGUCAAACUGGAAUGCUUUGGAUGCUGAUCCCUGUGACUGGUCUGGGGUUACUUGUAAUAAGGAGAGACAACAUGUUAUAAAGAUAAACAUGUCGGCUUCAUCUCUGAAGGGAUUUCUUGCACCGGAAAUCGGCCAGAUUACCUACUUGCAAGAACUAACUUUACGCUCAAACAAUCUGUUUGGUGUAAUACCUAAAGAACUUGGCUUGUUGAAGUUCCUCAAAGUCUUGGAUCUGGGGAUGAAUCGACUCACUGGUCCAAUUCCUUCAGAGUUAGGGAAUUUAUCCAGCGUGAUGAAGAUAAACCUUCAAUCAAAUGGGUUAACAGGGACCCUGCCGGCCGAGCUUGGCAAUUUAAAGUAUCUUCAGGAACUCCGUCUCAAUAGAAAUAAACUUCAAGGAGCUGUUCUUGCUUAUAGAAAUUCAGCAUUUACAGCUGAGACACAUGGAAUGUAUGCUUCGUAUUCAAACUUAACUGGACUUUGUAGCUCAGCUCAGUUAAAGGUGGUAGAUUUCGCGUAUAAUUUUUUGGUUGGAAGCAUUCCCAAGUGCUUCAAACACCUUCCCAACGCUAGCUUUCAAGGGAACUGCUUUCAGGACACAGAUGCUAAACAGCGUUCUAGCACGCAAUGUGGUGCUAUUCCAUCCGAAAAACAGGAAGCACCCAGCCGCAGGCAGCAGCAUGCUGAAGAUGUUACAAAGCAUCUGAAAGCAUCAAAACCUGCCUAGCUCUUGGUUCUUGAAAUCGUGGCUGUAAUCAUGGUGGGAUCUCUCUUUCUUUUCGCUCUCCUCGCUGCUUUUCAAAGGCGUAAUAACAAAUCUGCAAUCAUAAUCCCUUGGAAGAAAUCAGGGAGUGAGAAGGAUAAUGUGGUAGUAUACAUAGAUUCUGAGUUAUUGAAAGAUGUGACUAAAUAUAGCAGGCAAGAGCUUGAAGUAGCUUGUGAAGACUUUAGCAACAUUAUCGGUUCCUCUUCGGAUAGUUUGGUCUAUAAAGGCACCAUGAAGGGUGGGCCUGAAAUUGCGGUGAUAUCCCUCUGCAUCAAACAGGAGCACUGGACCAGUUAUCUCGAGCUCUAUUACCAAAGAGAGGUGGCAGAUUCGGUGAGAUUAAAUCAUGAGAAUGUAGGGAAAUUACUAGGUUACUGUAGAGAGAGCGGUCCGUUUACAAGAAUGCUUGUUUUCGAAUAUGCAUCGAAUGGAACGCUUUAUGAGCAUUUGCAUUGCGGUGAAGGAUCCCAAUUAUCUUGGACAAGACGUAUGAGAAUCAUUCUCGGCAUUGCUCGAGGACUCAAGUAUCUUCAUACAGAACUUGAGCCACCAUUCACUAUAUUAGAGUUAAACUCUAAUGCUGUGUAUCUUACAGAGGAUUUUUCUCCCAAGUUGGUUGAUUUCGAAAGUUGGAAGAGUAUACUUGGAAGAUCGGAAAAGAACUCUGGCACCGUCGACAACAAUGGAGCUGUUUGUCUGCUUCCUAAUUCUGUGGAGAAACGCCAUCUCGACAUCCAGGGAAAUGUCCAUGCAUUUGGCGUACUUAUACUGGAGAUAAUAAGCGGGAGGCCUCCUUUCUGCAAGGACAGAGGUUCCUUGAUAGAUUGGGCCAAGGAGUAUCUUGAAUUACCAGAAGCUAUGUCUUACCUACUGGACCCGGAGCUAAAACAUUUCAGGUAUGAAGACCUCAAAGUUAUCUGUGAAGUUAUAAGCCUUUGCAUCCAUCCCGACUCUUCAAAACGGCCAUCCAUGGAUGAAAUAAGCCUCACUUUCGAGCAUGAAAUCGACACAUCGGUAUCGGUCGAGCUCAAAUCAUCUUUGGCAUGGGCAGAACUUGCUCUUUCAUCAUGAUUGACUUGAAAGCUCUCACACACUGUACAUCAAAUGCAUUCUUCUGCCUCCAUUC